GACCAUCAAGAGAAGGCCGUCUAAAAUUGGACACCCUGAGUAACAAGUCCAGUACCUUCUGGGAGUCAUCAGCUGUUACAAAAGCAGAUUCUUGGAGGGUGUUUCAUAGGCUCCAAAUACCCAGCUGACAGGCCACAAGCUGCAAGCAUUAGAGGAAGAUAUAAAUAGGAGCCAUUCACUGCAGCACAGAAGUUUACAGAACUUUCUCGGCUGAUGGCUGUAAUGUUUAUUUUAGCCAGCGCAAGGCACUUGCAGUCUGAAGCCGGAAGAUCAAGAAGCUGUACUCACUCCCUAUGACUCUGCUUAAUUCCCUGAAGAAAUCAGGUUACUUUUAAUUUAUCUUGGCUCUAAGCUUCUAUCCUUUCCUAUUCAUCCUUUGGAAAUAUACGGUCUCAGCUGCAAACAUUAUCUGACCAUCAGCAAUAUCAUUUGGAAUUAACAGAGCCUCGUCUCCUACAACUUUGUAUUGAUAUGGCUGACAGUCAGUUACCUUUCACUUGUCAUUAUCCUGCAAACAGAAAUAGAGGAGUCCGCGAUCCUUUCCGUGAACAAGGUCUGUCCUCCCGUCUCCUGGAUGAUGAUUUUGGAUUUCCAGAAGAUUUAACUAUGGACUGGCCUGACUGGGUAAGGCCCAGGCUCACUGCCACCUGGUCUGGUCCUUUAAGAUCAGGCCUAGCAAGGACUGCUGGUAUGUCUCCUCCCGGAUAUAGUGCCCGCUACACAGGAUACCCUGAACCCCGCAAUGCUGUGCCUGCCCCCAGCCAGCCCUGGAAGGUGUGUGUUAAUGUACAAAGUUUCCAGCCAGAAGAGCUGACAGUGAAAACCAGAGAUGGAUUUGUAGAGGUGUCAGGUAACCAUGAAGAACAGCAGAAGGAGGGAGGGAUAGUCUCAAAGAACUUUACCAAGAAGAUUCAGUUGCCCCCAGAGGUGGAUCCCGUGACAGUGUUUGCCUCACUUUCUCCAGAAGGUCUUCUCAUUAUCGAGGCUCCACUUGUCCCUCCCUACCACCAGCAAGGAGAUGAAACAUACAACUAUGAGCUGCCUCUUGACCCCCAAGAAGUCGUUUCUUCCUAAACUUUGUCUCCUGAAAUGUUCUCUCAAGAGUCUCCAAAAAAGUGCAUUUGAUUUCAUGUUUCUUUUUAUAAUCUGUAAACCAUUUUUGGAGCUCAACAAUCAUAGACAACCCCUGGGACAAAAUGCACUAGUUGGGCUUUAGCUGAAGUAAAGGCAUAGCCUGUUUUGGAUUUAUACAUCAUAUGGAUUAAAAUUUUAUACAUAGGCAAAAAAAAAAAAACAAUUGCCAAUUAAUAGAAACACAUUAGUCUUUAUCUGUAUACUGAACAUCUUUUUUUCUAAAGUAGGUGUGCCAUUUUUACAAAAAAGGUUGUGUGUGGUCAGUUGGAGACAAAACGAAUUACACAGAAAGUAUGUUGUCAUCCCAAUCACAAGUAUGCUCCAACAAAGAAUAUAAGAUCAUUAUUCUCUUUAUGAACAAUCCAUGCUAGAUAUGCAUGUAAUUACAUAUUUUGAAGCAGAAACCCACAACACCCAAUCUUAACUGCAACUAUACAGUAUAGUCAUACUGACAAAAUACAAUAUAGGCAUAGAAACAAGUUCUGUAAGUUUACAUUUUUAAGAAAUAAUAUUGUAUCCAUUUCAUGACUUCAAGAACGAAAUUAGCAUACAAGACUGCAAAUGGGUUUAAACACUAUAGAACAAUGGCAACAGUCAGAAGGGCAUUUAAAUAUAGGGCAGUACCCAUCAGCAUGUUAUAUUCAAUGUGUUGUUGUAAAGCGAGGCCUAUACAAGCAGUUCACAGGUAACUAGCUAAUGAUUACAAAAAGCCGCUCAA